UACAAUACUUACCAUGCUUCAUUUUUUCUAUUUUUCUUUAUGUUCAUAAGAUGCAUGCAAAAAUUUGAUAAAAAACUUCAUACACUCUCAACUAUUACUCCAUCUGAAGUUAUUAAAAAGCAAACAAAUUCAGCAAUUAAGAUUUGAAACUCGAAUUCUUUGACGGAAAGCUGAAUGUUAAUACAAGAGACCUUACUUUGUACCUACUUAUUUCCGUUUGUAAUUCUCAACUGAUGUUUUGUGAUUCUGAUUUUAUAUCCUAUGUAAUUAUUUGAAAAUGUCAAAAAAACCUAACAAAACUGUUUGGGUAAGAGGAGGCAAAAGGACCAGUAAUCCAGAAGACAAAUAUUACUUUGGACAUGAUGAUCGUGUUGGAAGAACAAGCGAUGGAACAUUUGGAAAUAGACGUCGUGUGUCUUUUAAACCUCAAGGAAGAUCAAGCAGAGAUAUAUCAAGAAGUUUAACUUUGACAUUAGAUAAUGAUAUUCCAAUGGCAGGAACUUCCAAUAAUAACAAUAGACAAGUCAUUGUUUGGAGAAGGAGUAGAGGUUUAUCUCGAGGAAGAAAUAGUCCUUUACCACAUAGAGCACUUCGUAGUGGUAUCUUAUCAAUGUCUCAAUCAUUACCUGCUGGUGAAACUAGCUGGUAUAAAAUUACGAUACCAUUUGGGGCAAAAUAUACAAAAGAUUAUAUUUUGAGUAGUCUUAAUAGCAUUGCUUCAGAAGCUUUUGUACCUAUAAUGUAUAAGACCUCAGGAAAUGAAGCAUCCUUUUAUGUUGAUAGUCAAAAAGCAGCAAAUGUUCUUCUUCAUUGUGAUCGUAAAAUUACAACAACAAAUGGAUUUAAACUUCGAGUAAAAAUUAAAUUAGGACUUCCACAGUGUGAAAUCAGUGAUGCUUUAAAAGAAAGAUUAAAGCAAGCUAUGAUUAAACGAUAUGUUCCAGAAACAAAUGCUUUAGAUUUAUCGAAAUUUCAUCAUGAUCCUGACCUUAUUGCGGAUUACUUUUGUGCGCUAUCUCGACCAAUUAUGUUAAUGGCAGUGUUAGAUAUUGUUUCCGAGUAUGUACCCACGUUAGAAGCAUUGAACCUGGACGGUAACAAGUUACAUAUGAUUGAAAAACUUGAUGUACUAUAUAAAAAAUUUCCAAGAUUAAAAAUACUUUAUAUAGGAGAUAAUAAGAUAAAAGAAAUGGGGCAAUUAGAUGCUAUAAAAGAAUUACAAUUAGAAGAAUUAAGAUUGGCAGGAAAUCCUGUCUCCAAUAGGUAUAUGUCUCGUCAAAGUGAUUAUAUUAGCGGUGUACGGAAAAUAUUUCCUAAGCUUUUAAGACUGGAUGGUAUGGAAUUACCACGUCCAAUAUUAUUUGACGUUGCAAAUGAUACAACAAAAAUGCCACCUACUCAACGAUUAUUUGUCACAGAUACUAAAGCACAAGACAUAGCAAGUCAAUUCUUGCAACAAUAUUUUAUUAUUUUUGAUAGUGAAAAUAGGCAUCUAUUAUUAGAUGCAUACGAUGAACAUGCACGUUUCAGUUUGACAGUGAUAAAUAAUCCUCAAAAUACUGACAAAUUAAGUGCAUAUCUUUCAGAGAAUAGAAAUUUGUUUAGAAUAAUUAAUAAUAAUAAGAGGCAGAAAUUAUUAAAGCAAGGUAAAUUACCAGUCCUAUCUUUUAUAAUAGGACUACCACGAAUAAAGCACCACUUAAAUACCUUUACAAUGGAUGUCAGUAUUGAAGGAAUGAUGUUAAUCACAGUAACAGGAUUAUUUGACGAAUUGAAUAAUAAAGGUGAUCAAUUACGUUAUUUCAAUAGGACAUUUAUCAUAAUACCAAAAGGAAGUGGUUAUUGCAUCUGUAACGAGCAAUUGCAUAUUAGUCUUCCUACCGAAGAACAACGUAAAAAAUUAAUCACUGAUAAUUUCUCAGUACAAAUGUCUAAUAUACCAAGUGGAUCUAAAACUUUAUCAGAAAUACAAUCGCCGCAAUUAACAGAAGACGUAAAACAAAAAAUGGCUUUAACAUUAAGUCAAGAAACGAACAUGAAUUCAGAAUGGAGUUUGAAAUGUUUACAGGAAGUUCACUGGAAUUAUGAAAAUGCAAUUUUAGCUUUUCAGGAACUUUUCAAACAUGGACGAAUACCGUCGGAAGCAUUUGUGAAAUAAAAAUUGUAUUAUAGGUAAAAAAUAUGAAAAAAAUACUUCAUUCUACAUUCAAAUUUUUCCUUAAACAAUUUUAAUUCUCACAGCCUUCAAAGUAAUACGUACAAAGUUGAUUAGUUUUGUAGAUAAAAAUGAAAUGUGUUAGUUUAUAAUCAAAUACUGUUGCUAUCUUUUUUGUAUUCUGUGCUAUAAAAAAAAAAAGGAAAAAAAAAGAAAAAAAAAAGAAAAAAAACAACAACAAAAAAAAAGAAGAAAGAAAAAGAAACAAGCAGAAGCAAGUUUAAUUUGAAUUGAAAAAUUAUAAUUGUUAUUAAAUUUACAGUUACUUACAGAUUUUAAAAUGUAAUAUCUAUUGUGAAACAAUGUAUAUGAUGAGGUUCAUAUAAUAGCAUUAUAUCAUAAUUACUGUUGUAAUUAAUUAACACAAAAAUCAAUGUCGCGUAUGACAAGUAUUUACAUACCGUGUAAUGAAU